AUACAAAUUUCAAACUCAAUAACAAUAACAAUCUAUGCUAAAAACUGAUAAAUUAGUAAAAUGGAAGCAUUAUACUUACAUAUAAAGUUGAUCAUCAUUCACUGUGACAUGAAAACGAAAUUAGGGUUCGAAAUUUUGGAUUGAAAAAUGAAUACACAUUAAUGUUAUACCUGUAUGUGUAGAUUCAAUUUCCUUCCACACUUUUUCUGCUACUAAAUUACUUGCACUCAUUCUCGAUUUUCCAGUGACUACCCCCUUCAACAAAAUAAAACUAAUCGCAAUAAAUUGAAACGGUCCAUUUUCUAGAAAACCAGACCGGGUUCAUGUAUGAUUUAUAAACCGGUCCGGGUUUUGAAAACCGGGUUAUAAAUCAUAACAACAAGUAAGAACCCUAACCCUGUAUCCCCAAAUCAAAUAGUGCAAUUUUCACCUGUGAUUCUUCUUUCUCGUGGAAAAUUAGGAACUCCAAAUCGCUUCUGCUUAUCCUCAAAUCGUGAUUCUCGCUUCAAUUUUCACCUGUUCUUAUCAUUGUUGAGAAUGCAGAAUAUGAAAGAGGAAGAGGUUAACCGUUGUCAGAUUCAGGAAUGGUACCCGAUUUUCAAAUCUGUGUCCAUCAAGACCUUAAUUCAUCAACUUCCUGAAGCUUUCGUUCAAUACCUUCUUGACGACUCUGGACCCUUCCUAUUGCCUGCUUCUGUCUUGAAUGAAGAUGCACUGCCGAAUAGAAUUCAUAAUCCUAUUGAUGAAGAAGAUUUUCAGGUGUCUGAGGGGUCUGAUGAUGAAUCGGAAGAAUCUUCUCCACCACCUUCUUUUCCAGAACUCGAGUUGAAAGUUAAGGAAUCCAUCGAGUCUCUCGGGGGUGCGGUUUUUCCCAAGUUGAAUUGGAGUGCUCCGAAAGAUUCGGCUUGGAUAAGUACUUCUGGCACUCUUCGCUGUACCACUUUCAGUGAGAUUGCACUUCUGUUUCGAGCAUCCGACUCAUUAGUCCAUGAUUUGUGCCAUGCUUAUGAUUCUUGCUCCGAUAAACUUUCGUCAAGACCACAUAAUUUCUUCCUUGCUCUACGUAAAUGGUAUCCGUCCCUUAAGCCAGACAUGGAAUUUCGAUGUUUUGUCCGGAAUCAGAAAUUAGUCGGAAUUUCUCAGCGAGAGGUUACUACUUUUUAUCCGGUUCUUCUCGAAACGAAGAAUGAUCUCUUAUUACAGAUUCAAGGAUUUUUCAACAAUUACGUGAGAACUAAAUUUGAGUCGGAAAACUACACAUUUGAUGUUUACGUUACAAACGAUGAGAGAGUAAAGAUUGUGGAUUUCAACACUUGGGGUGGAUUUACAUUGUCAUUGUUGUUUACAUGGGAUGAAUUAGAGCAUAUUCAUAGUGAAGAAGGAAAUGAUGUGGAGUUUAGGAUUGUCGAAGAUCGCUGCGGUGUUAGGCCUGGCCUUAAAACAGCAGUUCCAUAUGAUUACUUGGAUACAAGUUCAGGAAGUGGUUGGGAUCAAUUUCUAAGAAAUGCUGAUGAAGAGUUAAAACAACAAUUUAGGUUUACUGAAGCUGGUGCGUGAUCAUAAAUUCUUGUUCACAAUUAUCAACUUUGACAUAAAUUCUUGUUCGCAAUUAUCAACUUUGACAUAGAAAUAUAAUAGUAGUAUGUUAUGCAACACUGGCCUUUUGGAUUGAAGGCUUGUCUGACACUUGACACUGACCGACACCAACGCAUGUUACACUUAAUCACUUUCAUUUUUUAAACUA